CGCCUCGCUUUCGGAAGUGAGUGUCGGCCGCGCGCCGGGAUGAUGGGCGCCAGGGUGACCCGCGUGUUCAGCAACUUCAACCUGGAGAGCCGAGCCCACCGAGAAAUCGCCAAAGCUAAGCCCGCGCCAGCCCCGCGGCACCCGCAGCCUGCAGACCUCUCCUUAGACACCGACAGAUUCCAAGAAGAGAUUAAGAGAAAAGAUGACCACCUUCACACAUUAUUAAAGGAAGUCUAUGUUGAGUCCAAUGAUCCGGUUAUGCAUGUGAAAAACAAAGGAGAAAGCCUUCCUUCUAAGCGCGAGGAACGCAGACUUACAAAAGUAGGCGAUCUUGGUCCCUUGGAUAUUCAGUAUGUUCCUAGAGGCAAAGUCUCUAUAGUUGAAGUCUUGACCCUUCUCCAUAAUCAUCUUCACUCUCCGGAAACCUGGACUGCAGAGAAAAUAGCAAAGGAAUAUUCAUUAGAAUUGAAGGAUGUGACUGAUCUCUUAAGAUUCUUCAUCCCGUUUGCUGUGGAGAUCUUUCCUCCUCAAGACAAAAAGCAGCUAAAGCCUUGAUAAGAAUGUCUGCCAAAUCUUGACUGACCAAGCUGGUGUCUCCUUAAUACUUCACAUCUGAUUCCCUCUCCACAUGUACACGCACACACACCUGUAAACUGUGUCUUAUUGAAACGGUAUCUGCCUUUUCUCUCACUGUUGCAUUCAUGAACCAUCCAGGGCAUGCCGUUGUGAAGUGGGAGGCAAAAUCUUGAGAAAAUCUGCAAAUACACCCUAAGAAUUCAAAAAUCGGAAAAUGUUGGCUGCGUGGGAGAUCAUCUGUUCUGAAGCAGUUGUCUGUUACGCAGACCCCAGGCAACAAAAAUGCAUUUUAUCUGGAUCUGAUCUUCUUUGCUCUGAGCUCUGCAGAAUCUCUUGCCCUCAUCACAUUCUGUAAAUAGUUAUAAUUAAAGCAAAGCAGAGUUACAAUGUGUUUAUCUUCUGA